UCGAAGUAAGCAGCCCGCGCUUAUCUUCCGUGGAAGUGCUAACAAGAUGUUUCUGGCAGGGAGCCGCACUCUGAGCAGCAAGGCAAACACGCUCAUGGAAAGCCAGGCUUAGUAACUGCUUAGGAGCUUGCACUACGCAGCUGCCUCCCUUCACCAACGCUGCUUUCACGGACGGGCUGGGAUGGAGAACUUGAGCACCAUCUUCAAACAAAAAGCAACCGAGCAGCAUCACAGAGCUGAAGUCAUGAUCGCAGGGGAACAGGUCCGGCUUCGUCUUCAUGAUGGCAAGCUUAUAAAGGACCGCCGCUACCAUCUUCGCACAUACCCAAAUUGCUUUGUGGCCAAGGAGCUCAUCGACUGGUUGAUUGACCACAAAGAAGCCCCAGACCGUGAGACAGGCAUCCGGCUGAUGCAGAAGCUCAUGGACCAUGACAUUAUUCAUCACGUGUGCGAUGAACAUUUGGACUACAAGGACGCUAAGCUGCUCUAUCGCUUCCGCAAGGAUGAUGGGACCUUCCCUCUCAACAAGGAAGUCAAGGUGUUCCUGAGAGGGCAAAGCCUCUACGAGACGCUGAUCAGCAUGGACAACUCCAUUCUGAAAGUCAGAGAAGAGAACCUGGUAAAAUACCAGAGGGCUUUUCUGGGCUGUGAGAUGGUUGACUGGCUGGUUGAGGAAGGGGAGGUUGCAAACCGGAAGGAGGCUACAGAACUCUGCCAAACUCUCCUUGAACAUGGGAUCAUCCAACAUGUCUCCGUUCAAUACCACUUUUAUGACCGGGACCUCCUCUACCAGUUUCGAAUCAAUUUCCGCCGGAGGAGGCGACUCACAGAACUCCUUAGUGAAAAUUUGCUCAGGUCACUUUCGGACAGUCCUGACAGCCCAUUCUGUCUCCGCAAGCUUAACCCUGAGCAAAAUGCUUCCAGUUUCUUGUCAGUCCAACCGAAUAAGGAAAUCAAAAUUGUCUCGGCUGUCCGAAGAAGUAGUGUCACCUCGCUUGCUGGAGGAUCCAGUCCCUAUUACAACCUCUCCCCAAACCUGGGACUUGUGCCUGCUGUUGAGUGCAACCCUAAAUCUGUCUUGAAGAGGCCCGUCACCAAUGAAGAGCUUUUGACUCCAGGGGCACCGUAUAUCAAGAAAACGCUGACCAUUGUAGGGGAUGCAGUUGGUUGGGGUUUUGUGGUCCGUGGAGGUCAGCCAUGCCAUAUCCAGGCUGUAGAUCCAGGAGGACCAGCUGCUGCUGCUGGCAUGAAGGUCUGCCAGUUUGUGUACUCUGUGAAUGGAAUGUAUGUUUUACAUUUGGACUAUCAGACUGUGAGCAACCUCAUUGUGACAGGACCUCGGACGCUUGUGAUGGAAGUCAUGGAAGGAGAUGAACAAGGGUCAUCCCUUCAUAUCUCCACAACAUUUUGAGAUCUGCACCCAGUUUGCUAGUUGGAAUGAUGCAAUGUGGGGAAAUCUAGCAGUGCAGUUUCAAAGCUGUUCCCAGUUUAUAAGAGUACAUUUCAGCAUCGUUUAACUCUCUCUCUCCUAGACCAAACCCGAGUAGGGCUAAACAUCACAAUACUAUUUUUGCAUUGCUCAGCUCUUGGGGGAAAACUAGGGCAAAAUGGGUGCUUUCGCCCUUGCAGAAGCUUGAGGCACCCAUUCCCCCCUUCACAUUGUUGAACCUCCUCCCCAAAUGUGUCCUGCUUCCACCUUCUUUUGCAACGUGGCUCUCAACUUGCCCUACCAACCUGUUGUACGACUCAAGGCCCCUGUGCAAAGCCUAAUUGUCUUAGGCUUGUCCUACAGUUUCACUGCUGUAUGAAUUUAGUUCUAGUGGCUUGUCAACAGUGGGUGGUUUCUUCACAUGUAUGAGAGACUUCAUGAAUGUCACUUCAAUUGUUAUUUUUGUAAAGAUACUGAGAAUCUAAGUGCUUCUCCUGUACCAUUCUGACUCCAGAAAAGUCACUGCCCCAAAUUGUUACUAAUUCCCCUAUUUAUCACUCUAUUUAUGAAAUCAUUUUGCCCCCAGUCUUGAGAAGUGGAUAGGAAUUUGGACCAACAUACCAUUCUGUACCACUUCAAUCCAUGGACCAUUUUCACCCAGCACAGCAUAGUUUCGAAACAGAAAAUCACAGGAAACAAAAUACAAAAUAUUGUCCUCCAUGCCUUCAGGAUCCAAUUCUGUAUUUCAAGUCUAAACGUUGGCUUGUCUUUCAACUGCCUUCCAAGAGCCAAGGAAAAAUUUUGAAAGCACUUUGUAAUGUGAUAUUUCUUUACAGCACUUCAAGAUCACAGAUCAAUAAGCACGAGUGUUUAUGACAUGAUUGUUAUUUGAAGUCAAAACACCAGUUCGAGGGUCAUCGUACAUUUGGAAAGAGGCAAUGUGGGGUAGGAAAUGGUGACAUACAGAUUCAAUAUUGUAAAAUAAACUGCUUCUCCCAUUAUAA